GUAUUAUUUAAUAUACUAUUAUCGAUUUAUUUUAUUUAGUUUCAUUUUUAAAUAUUUACAUAAUUUUGUAAAAAUUUCCCCAUAAAAUUUUUUGUUAUACAAUAAUUUAUUUUACCAUAAUAAGCAAAACUUGGCAGUCAUGUCUAAUAUUGCACUUGGACCUCGUCGAUUGGAGCAAAAGUAUGUUAUUGAAUAACUUGUUGCUCAAUUCAUACCAGUCAACUAUCAUGUUUAGGUGAACUAGCGAAAUUGCGAUUCGAGUUGACAUAAAAUGACAUUGAAUAUUAAAUCUGGAUAUUUUAUUACAGAACCGAUGGUACUCGAAUCGCAUUCUCCACUAUUCCAGCUGUAAAAAAAGUCCUGUCAAACUGACCAUUGGACUUUCAUAUAUUUACAUAACAUAUGUGUAUAAUAACACAUUUUGCUACUUAAUAUAAAUUCAUUAUAGUGAUUUAGGUUGAAAGUGAAAAUAUAAAGACAAGUGUAUAAAUUUUGAAUUCAUUUGAAUGAAAAUGAUGAAAAAGUGUACGGAAUUGAAACUUCAAAUGCCUUGGGGUCAUAUUGCUGCCACUGCUUGGGGAUCACCUGAAAAAAAACCUGUUCUGGUGGUUCAUGGAACUUUAGACAACGCUGGAUCAUUCACUAGACUUAUUCAGUUAUUGCCAGACGAAUACUACUUUAUUGCCAUUGAUUUACCAGGUCAUGGAUUGUCUAGUCACUUCCCUCCAGGAAUAAAUUUAGACUUCUUCAAUUUCAUUCUUGCUAUCAAAUACGUUUUGACUGAACUAAACUGGAAAACUUGUACAUAUAUUGGUCACAGUUUUGGAGGACAGUUAGGAAUUAUGUUCAGUGUAUUGUUUCCAGAUAUACUAGAAAAAAUAAUAAGUUUUGAUGCAAUAUUCCCACGGAUUGUUAAUGAAAAAUUUUUGGUAUCAAGAAUCAAAGAAGUAAAUGACGCGACGUUAUCAGAAUUUUAUAACGAAUCGCCAGUUCGUUUCUACACAAAAGAUCAAGUAUUGGAUGCAUUACAAAAUCGCAGGCAAUUUUCUUUGAAUGAAAAAGCUGCUCAAGCAUUAUUUGAACGAGCGGUAACUAAAGUUGGUGAUAAAUUUAAAUAUAAUCGAGAUUCUAGAAUGAAGCCAAUGGUCUACCCAAAUUUGAACCACGAUCAAUAUUUGGAAUUCAUUAAACAUCUUAAAGUACCAGCGAUAGUAAUUUUAUCUAGCAAUUCUUGGUUCAAUUUAUCGAAAGAAUUUCAUAAUAAUUUAGAGUUUUUCAAAACAUUAAUUCCAGCAACUUGGAUUAUCAAAGUCGUUGAGGGAAAUCAUGACUUACAUAACAACAAUCCUGAAAGAGUCUCGUCGAUUGUAUCUGCGUACUUAGACAGUAAUACCAAAAGUAAAUUAUAAUUGAUGGUUUUUGUAAAGUAUUAAUUUCCGGUCUGUAUUUAAGUAAUUUUAUUGAGCUUUAUCAUCGGAAAAUAUUAAAAACUUAAGACAUUUUGAAUUGAAACAAAAAAUUCUAAAUGUCCUGACUUUUCUCAGGUGGUAAAAGUUAAUAAAAUUCAAUUAAUAGUACAAUAUAAUUGUAGAGUAAAUAUUUAUUGUGGUAAGAGGUCGUGUAAAUGUUAGGUAUUAGUUAAUUUAAAAAAAAAGCAAUUAUAUUAUAAUUUUAUACGAAGUUUUGUUAUUGAUACUAAUGCUUUACUGAUAUUUUAUAUUUUCGAACACUUUAUUAUGCACAUGAAGGAUAGAAGCACCGGGUUUGGAUUUAAAUAUAUGAAAAUAAAUUUAAAAAAUACAUAUGUGAUUAUGGUUUAAUUACUAUUAUGAUGUUAUGUUUGUCAUGUUAAAUGUAAAAAUAAAAUUUAAUGAUCAGCA